UGGAGGUUCGUGUUUCUCCGGGUGUGCGUGAUCCAGGAAGGGAGAGGUGCAGUCAUGUCGGGCUUCGACGACCCUGGCGUUUUCUACAGCGACAGCUUCGGGGGGGACCCCGGCGCCGACGAGGGGCAGGCCCGCAAGUCGCAGCUGCAGCGGCGCUUCAAGGAGUUCCUGCGGCAGUACCGAGUGGGCACGGACCGCACGGGCUUCACCUUCAAGUACAGGGAUGAACUUAAGCGGCAUUACAACUUGGGGGAAUACUGGAUCGAGGUGGAGAUGGAGGACUUGGCCAGCUUUGACGAGGACCUGGCUGACUACUUGUACAAGCAACCAGCUGAGCACCUGCAGCUGCUGGAGGAAGCUGCCAAGGAGGUGGCUGAUGAGGUAACCCGGCCUCGGCCCACUGGUGAUGAGGUGCUCCAGGACAUCCAGGUCAUGCUCAAGUCGGACGCUAGCCCAUGUAGCGUUCGGAGCCUGAAGUCGGACAUGAUGUCACACCUAGUGAAGAUCCCAGGCAUCAUCAUUGCAGCCUCUGCAAUCCGUGCCAAGGCCACCCGCAUCUCCAUCCAGUGCCGCAGCUGCCGCAACACCCUCACAAACAUCGCCAUGCGCCCUGGGCUAGAGGGCUACGCCUUGCCCAGGAAGUGCAAUGCACACAUGCAGCUGUACUGCGACAGGUACCUGUGUGACAAGGUUGUGCCUGGGAACAGGGUUACCAUCAUGGGUAUCUACUCCAUCAAGAAGUUUGGCCUGAACUCCAGCAGGGGCCGUGACAGGGUGGGCGUGGGCAUACGGAGCUCCUACAUCCGUGUCCUGGGCAUCCAAGUGGACACAGAUGGCUCUGGCCGCAGCUUUGCUGGAGCCCUGAGCCCACAGGAGGAGGAGGAGUUCCGUCGCCUGGCUGCCCUUCCCAAUGUCUACGAGGUGAUCUCCAAGAGCAUCGCCCCCUCCAUCUUUGGGGGCACGGACAUGAAGAAGGCCAUUGCCUGCCUGCUCUUUGGAGGUUCCCGAAAGAGACUCCCUGAUGGACUUACUCGCCGAGGAGACAUCAACCUUCUGAUGCUGGGGGACCCUGGGACGGCCAAGUCACAGCUUCUAAAGUUUGUGGAGAAGUGCUCUCCUAUUGGAGUGUACACGUCUGGGAAAGGUAGCAGUGCCGCUGGCCUGACUGCCUCAGUGAUGAGAGAUCCCUCAUCCCGGAACUUCAUCAUGGAGGGCGGAGCUAUGGUCCUGGCUGAUGGUGGGGUUGUCUGUAUCGAUGAGUUUGACAAGAUGCGGGAAGAUGAUCGUGUGGCCAUCCAUGAAGCCAUGGAACAGCAGACCAUCUCUAUUGCCAAGGCUGGAAUCACCACCACCUUGAAUUCUCGUUGCUCUGUCUUGGCUGCUGCUAACUCAGUGUUUGGCCGCUGGGACGAGACAAAGGGGGAGGACAACAUCGACUUCAUGCCUACCAUCUUGUCCCGCUUCGACAUGAUCUUCAUUGUCAAAGAUGAGCACAAUGAGGAAAGGGAUGUGCUGCUGGCCAAACACGUGAUCACUCUGCACGUGAGCGCUCUGACACAGACACAGGCUGUGGAGGGUGAGAUUGACCUGGCCAAGCUCAAGAAGUUCAUCGCCUACUGCCGAGCGAGGUGUGGCCCCCGGCUGUCAGCAGAGGCUGCAGAGAAGCUGAAGAACCGCUACAUCAUCAUGAGGAGUGGGGCCCGACAGCACGAGAGGGAAAGUGACCGCCGCUCCAGCAUCCCCAUCACUGUGCGGCAGCUGGAGGCCAUUGUACGUAUCUCUGAGGCUCUCAGCAAGAUGAAGCUGCAGCCUUUCGCCACCGAAGCAGAUGUGGAGGAGGCUCUGAGGCUCUUUCAGGUGUCCACAUUGGAUGCUGCUUUGUCCGGCACCCUGUCAGCGGUGGAGGGCUUCACCAGCCAGGAGGACCAGGAGAUGCUGAGCCGCAUUGAGAAGCAGCUCAAGCGCCGCUUUGCCAUCGGCUCCCAGGUGUCUGAGCACAGCAUCAUCCAGGACUUCACCAAGCAGAAGUACCCGGAGCACGCCAUCCACAAGGUGCUGCAGCUUAUGUUGCGUCGUGGCGAGGUCCAACACCGCAUGCAGCGCAAGGUGCUCUACCGCCUCAAGUGAGCCUGUCACCUGUCCUCUGCCAUCAGGAGUGUCACUGUCCCUCCACCUUCCUGCCGCUGUCCUCCAGCUUCCCUAGGCCUCUCUCCUGGAGGGUGAAUCAUCAGGCCCUCGCUGCCUGUGGAUGCUGCCUCCAGUGCAUUCUGGGAAAUGGGCUUGGUGCUGAUUGCCAUAAUAAAGCAAGCCUGCUCAGGUAUCCAAGGACUCUGCACUUGCUGGCCUAUCCCACUCCUGUCUCGGCGAGGUGAGCGUGGGGCAGGAGCAGGCUGGAGCUGGACACAUGGGUUUUUAGACUGGGAUUUACAACCUUUCUUCCCUAGCAGCCCACCCCCAUGCUGUGUGGCCUUGGGUAAGGCACUGAGCUUCUGUGUGUGAGCAGGGAAAAGUGCGGGAGCUUGGGACAUCUGAGCCCAGAGCCUGGAAUUGGUAGGGUGCGCUAGGGACAGCAGUGCUGGAAGGAGAACACCAGUGCUUGGGUCCUUAUUUUUCACAG